AUGGGCUUACAGGUCCUCCAACGCUUACGCAUUCUCCAUCGUUUAUCCAUAUGCCCCUUAGCUCGUCCCCCGUUCUCCUUCAGCCAGAGACACUCUUUACAUUCCACCUUUCUGGCCUGGCCUUUUCCAUUUCCUUCGGACAUAAACACCCGUGACCCCUCUGUCUAGUAUAAAAGGCCUGUUGUUAUCUACGAAGUUCUACAGUGAGUUCAGUCGUUAAACGGUCUAUUUUUCGCUACCCCAGUGUAAUGAAACCGAACAUCUGUAACUUC